GGGGGAAGAGCGGCUGGCGGCCGCGAGAGCAACGGCGGCGAGAGGCGAGCCCGCCGGCGCCGAUUCUCAUGGAGAACUCUCAUUGAGGAGAGAUCCAGUUGUUGGGAUGAAUGAAUUCUUAAAAAAAGAAUGAAUCAAGAUAAAACCUCUAAAUGCAAGUACCAGAAAAAUUACAGCACAUCUUGGUGAAUUUGCAAGUGGAUCGUCAUUCCUUGUGGGUUGGCAGGCAGUUGUGGGACUGCAAAAAUGGGUCUCCGGAUUCACUUUGUUGUUGAUCCACAUGGUUGGUGCUGCAUGGGUUUGAUUGUCUUUGUCUGGUUAUACAAUAUUGUUUUAAUUCCCAAAAUUGUCCUCUUUCCUCACUAUGAAGAAGGACAUAUUCCAGGCAUAUUAAUAAUAAUAUUCUAUGGCAUUGCCAUAUUUUGUCUGGUUGCAUUAGUGAGGGCCUCAUUUACUGAUCCAGGAAGACUCCCUGAGAACCCUAAGAUUCCACAUGGAGAAAGGGAGUUCUGGGAAUUAUGUAACAAAUGUAAUUUGAUGAGACCAAAGCGUUCCCAUCACUGUAGCCGCUGUGGCCACUGUGUUAGGAGAAUGGAUCAUCACUGUCCAUGGAUUAACAAUUGUGUCGGUGAAGAUAAUCAUUGGCUUUUUCUGCAGUUGUGUUUCUACACGGAACUUCUUACUUCUUAUGCACUGAUGUUUUCUUUCUGCCACUAUUAUUACUUUCUUCCAGUAAAAAAGCGUAACUUGGACCUCUUUGUUGUUAGGCAUGAAUUGGCCAUAAUGAGACUAGCUGCCUUUAUGGGCAUCACUAUGUUAGUUGGAAUAACUGGACUUUUUUAUACUCAGCUAAUUGGCAUCAUCACAGAUACAACAUCUAUUGAAAAGAUGUCAAACUGUUGUGAAGAAAUAUCGAGGCCCCGAAAGCCAUGGCAGCAGACCUUCUCAGAAGUUUUUGGCACUCGUUGGAAGAUCCUGUGGUUUAUUCCUUUCAGGCAGAGGCAACCACUGCGAGUUCCCUACCACUUUGCCAAUCACGUCUAAACAGAUGGAUGGUGGGCACAGAUGGGUCCUCCAUGCUGGAAAUGCGUUACAGGUUUUCUGAUAAUAGAACUAUGACAGUCUUCAAGUCAAUUAAAAUCCACCCACCAAUCUUAGGCAUCAUAAUGUGCCCCAGGCUUUAUUUUAAUAGUGAUCUUGAUCCUGUUGUGGGACUAAUACAAGAUCUAUAUUUAAGUUUUAAAGCAUGUUUACUUUCAAAUUAGCUUUCCACAGGGAUUUCUUUAAAUGCUUUUAUUAUUAAACCCAAAAGGCGGUGAUUGAGAUAAAAUAAUUGUACAUAUUUUUUUUUAGUACUGACAGUGUUAUAGAUUUUAAUUUAUGGGAAAUUUCAGAUGUUUAUUUAAAUUUUUCACUCUUAAGCAGUACUAACCAAAUCUGAAUUUAAUUCUUCGGGUUUACAAAAGUUGAUACACCUUAUAUUCUAUGUAAAUUUUCUUUUUCAAAUACAUAAUAGCUUAAAUAGUAAUAAAUACUGCCUUUUACAUGUGCUGCAGGAUUCUUUUAAUACAACAUAGAAUUGAACAACAAAAAACCAAAAACAACCGAAAAAGGGCAGUGUUUUCUUAGAAGUAGCUCUCUAAUGUUUUCUGUUUUUCUCUUCACCAAAAACAAAAUAAAAACACCACUAAAAUAAAACACCCAACUACCUACCUUAUUUUAAAGGAAAGAUUCAUUUUUUUCCCAUAUUAGCUUUUCCCGUUUCUUUUCCCGGUACUGAUGUGAUUAUUGGUUGUUGUUAAAAUGCUCCAAGAUGGAACUUUUGACCACACAGGCAUGUAUUCUGUUUUACCCUAAGAUUUUGGUGAGCAAAAAGGGUAGAGGAUUUGCAAUAAUUCCACAGAUACCUUUUCUAGUACACUUAUAUUAGAAUGCAUAUGUUUUUAAAAUACUAGUGUAACUAGAUAAUAUAUAAUGUACAGUAUAAAGAGGAAUAUUGUGCUUUUGAAAAACAUGUACUUUUUUCUUUACCUAUUAGUACAUCUAAAAUUACAUACUGGACGUUUAUAUGUAUAGAUAUUGGCCAACUCAUAAUGAAACUGUAUAGGAAGUUGCAAGUAAAAAUAAGUAACUCUUGUGUACCUAUAAUCACCCAAAUUGAAAUGAAAUUUUAAUCAGCCAACUAUAAAUUUGGAUUGACAUACCUUUUGUUAGUAGCUAACGUUAAGAAAUGACCUUAAAAAUAAGAAAACGUAAUGAUCUAUAUUUAUCAUUAGCUUAUACAAAUUUAAAUUUCUAAUGGUGAUGGUCUCUUGGAAAGCAUAGAUGAUUUGUGUGAAAAGACAUUUAGCAUGCUUUGAAAAGAAAUUCAGCUUUUAUAUUUUUUUCCAUUAGAAUACUGCAAAAUCCAUAUAUCUUUUUAGAAAGUGUAUGCCCUCACAGUCUUUGCCUGGAAGAGAAGAUUGAAGAGGUCUGCUGUUCUUGGAGCGUAUCAAUAUUUUCCUUUUAGUUCUGAGAGUAGGGAGUCAUACCUGAGAAAUCAUGAAACAGAUUUCCAUUGUCAGCCAGUUAACUCUACUGUAGUUCUUUCAGGAAUUGUAAAUACCUUCUAAAAUAAUUGAAUAAGCUGUUCUCAGAGAUAUAAAUACCAUGUCUUUCAUGUUCUGACUGCAGUACUUUAUUAUUUAAAAAUUUAGAAGUGGCAGAUGAAAAUAUUUAUUGGUGCUGAUAAGAUGCAUAGUAAAUUUAAUAUGAGAAGUAUAUUUAUAGAGCUUAAUGAAUCACAAAAUUAGUAUGUUCGUGUCAGGCAACUGAGUUGGGUUUUGUGCAAGCUAACAUAUUGACCAAAUUUGGUCUGGUGACAGAACUGUUAAUAGGGAGGUAAUGUGUAGAUAUAUAGAUAGAUAUCAGUCAAAUGCCUUAUGCUGUAUACAUUCCUGUCAAAUGAGAACCUUGAGCAAAAGCAAAGCCAACUGUAGACCCCCUAAAGAGCUUUACGGACAUAUUUAUACUUCAUAUAGUAGCAGUAACUACCUUAAAGUUAUGUACCUGGGAGGUCCGCAGUGCCAACCUCUGCCUUAGCAAUGAGAGCCAGAGGUGGUCCCUUUCCCGAAGAUUGUUUUUGGUUUUCUCAGACAUACCACUUCUAGGCACAUUUUCUUCCCUCCUUUCUCUUUACCUCCUUGGUCUUGAUCCUGCCACCUUACUCUUCUAAGUUACUGGGAUACAAACUGAUACACUAAGCAAGGCAUAUAUUUAUUUUGUUUGAAUGGCAGAAAUGCUCUAUAUCGAUCUAUUUAUAUAAGAAUAUAUAUUAAAGCAUAUCUAUAUAUCUGUAUGCUGUAACUUUCAGUAUUCCGAAGUUAGCACACCUAACUGGGUUUGUAAUUCUUGUGCCACUACUUGAAAGAAACCAACCAGCCGGUUCCCAGGGAGUGCAGGAAGUCUAGUUGUGUUCCGUCUGCGCCCUCUUUUGGCUAAUUGGUAUAAUUAUCCUGGCUCUAGAGAUGUACUACCUUGCAAUUCGUUGUAUAGCCUAAUUCUGAACAUGUCAGAGCUUAGGGGGAGUGUAUGUACAAAAAUGUAAGAGUCUAUGAAAAUCAGUCUGUUCCAGUUUAUGAUGGCAAUGUCUAGCUCAUAUAAAUGUGAUAACUACCUUGCUUCAUUAUGUAUAUUCUUAUAUUUUUUUAUUCUCAAUUAGAAAUUUCUGUCAGAUCAGGAUAAACAAAUGUAAACUGUUUCAUGAAUUUUAUUUUAAAUCUUACUUGGGCAGAUUAAGUCCUUAGGAUUGGGAAAGCCAUUACCUAAAAUGACCAAUUUAUUACAAAACACAGAAACUUACUGUAGUUACAUUGGCAAGCAAAUACCUAAUGUGUUUUAAUCAAUAUCGAAAAAAGAUACAUUUAUUUUUUUUAUUUCAGUUUUGGAAUGACUUUUUUUAUUGAUUCUACUGCAUUAAAAAUGAGAGAUUAAUAAUUCUUUCUAUA